AUCAUUCGAAAUUGCAAGCUCAUUCUAAGCGCAUUUGUAUUGCAGACGGAGAGAAGUAACAUCAAACCAGUUUUGUGCAAUCAUUGAAUCUGAGCUGAAAAUUUCAACCGAAGAAAAAAAGCCAUAAAAAAGAUUUUAUUCACAUUUUUCACAUCAACUUUCCCUAACCUCAAAUCGAAGUUGUGCUAUUUCACAAGUCACGUUCUAAGAUAAACACAUCCAAAAUCACCCCAACCUGACUUGACUAAUCACAAAGGCCGAGAAUCACAUCGUCACAAUGUCGAAAGUUAAAUUCACUAGUCGGACUUUGGAAUCAGCUGCAAAAACCUUAUAUUUGGAUGAGAAGACGGCUGAUGUUCAUUUUGUCUUCGAAUCCAAUUCACAAUCCGACCGUGUUCCAGCCCACAAAAAUCUCUUAAUGGCCGCAAGCAAAGCUUUACGAAAAAUGUUCAAUGGACAGUGGAAAGAUAAAGACGAAGUGCCGAUCCCAUAUGUGCUUACCGCCGAUUUCAAAAUGUUUCUACAAUAUUUCUACUUGGUCGAAGUUGAGCUGUCCAUGGAGAAUGUGGAAGGUGUCAUGAGCCUCAGCCAUCAGUACGAUAUCGACGCAUGUUUAAAUGAUUGUGCAACACUCUUGGAACACAGUCUCACUGUCGACAAUGCUUGUUGGACUUACAGACUCGCAUUGUUGUACGAACACGAAAAAUUGAAGGCUGAAUGUGAGACAUUCAUUAGUCUGAACACGGAAGACGUCCUCAAAUCAAGCGGAUUUUUGGAAUGUGACCAAGAGACAUUGAGCCAUAUUUUACGUAUCGAUUCAAUGAAUUGCUCAGAAGUCUGUGUGUUCAAUGCAUGCAUGAAGUGGUCCGAGGAAGCCGCAAAACAAGAUGAUGAAAGCGAGGAAUUUGUUCAAAAUCCGCUCGGUAAUCUGUUGUACGAUAUUCGCUACGGAUCGAUGACAUUGCAAGAGUUCAACGCCAUUUGCACAGUACAUGGGUAUUUAUUCACCGACGAAGAGCAACGGGGCAUCAUCAAACUGAUCAAAUCAAAGAAAACACAAUGGAAGUUGUUCAAAGGAACUCCUCGUGUGAACCCAUGGAAGAAGUCAGAUGAACACAAAUGCGUUGGAGGAUCGCGUUCAAAAUGUGGCGCUGAACAAAUCGAAAUCAUGAAGUUCUCAACCAACGAGACUCUACUGCUGAAUGCAAUCGUUUGUUCCGAUGCGUACUACAAAGGUGAUGGUUCACGUUCACGGUCAGAAUACGAAGACUUUGAAAACGUCACAAGUAAACUCACUGUCUUUGAAAUCGAUCCACUUGGUCCUGAUGAAGUGGAACCCCGCGUACUUUAUGUCAAUGAAAAAUUGGAACUUCCAAUCAAUGGCAAACGUUAUGAUGAGGAUGAAAAUGGCGACGACAAUAGCGUAAUGCGAUUCCCAAAACCGAUCAUUAUCAAGCAUGGAUUCAAAUAUGAAAUUCAUUUGAAACCAGAUGAAGAGAUACGAGCUGAUGCAUAUACUGUUUCAUCCACUGAAGUAAAAAUAAAAGGCGGCAUCAAGCUGAAGUUUGAUGAAGGUAUCGCUUUGAACAGUGAAUUUGGUCGUGGAAAAAAACUGAUUUCAGCACUCAAAUUCGCGGUAGUUUAACGAUGAUGCAAUAAAUCAUCAUAAAGACAAAUUGGUUUCCCAAGUAGUUCUUUUUAAAGUCAUCAAUCGAAAAAAAUCUGAAUAUAUUUUCAUGCUAACGCCAAUUCUGAUUCAUCUAAAAAAUGUCCAUAUAUAAAUUUCAAUGUUUGAAACAAUUCCAGAUUCCACAAUUUUUUUCACAAUAUGUCAUUCUUCUCGAACUAUUUUGUCAGAAUCGAAAAAUAUAAAUAAUAAAGAAACGAAUAAGAAGGCAAUAAA